CGUCAACUUACUCCGUAGUGACGCCAAUUAAGUAAAUUUACAACGCGCAAGUUUCUUAACUCGAAAAUUUAUUUUUAAAAAUAAACAAUUGCCGCGCUUAAUAUAAUUUUCAAAUUUUUAACUCUCGCGCCUCGAACUAAUUCUCUUUAUUUUAAAUACUAACCCGUAAUAUUUUUACGAAGGUUACAACUGGCAUCCGAGCAUCGGAGCUGCUAUUUUUCUCAUCUUAAUUCAGACGCUCAGUCGAUUUUUUAAAAAAUAAAUCGAUUUUUAAGUGAAAGUGAAAGUGCGUUAUGUUUAAUUAUUUAUAAUUUAUUUUGGUUUUUAUUUUUUUUUUAUUUACUCAGUGGAAGUGAUCGAUUUUGAGGAUUUAAUUUAUUAUUUUUGUUAUCCUGGACGUAAAAACAAAUUAUUUGACUUUCAUAUAUUUAUUAUGGUAAUGCUUACUUUUGAAAUUUGUGGAGGCUAAACACUAUUUUACGUUGGCGCCAACCAAAUAUAUAGACGAGACGGACAGCGGUGGUGGCGGCGAAACGGCAGGGGUACUAUGGGAGCUGGGGAAUGGAGGGCGGAGGAGGGCUACAGGCCACGGACCUCCACCGGCGGCUUAUUAAAACGACAUCCAGAAGAACUAAAAGUUCUCAAAAAUUUUUACAGCCCUUAGAGAAUGAAUGUUCUGCGGAAGUUUAUUCUCUCGAUGACGAGAGAUCGAUUCCCUGGACAACAGCAGGCUUCACUUCCGGCCAGCCCACCUGUCUUGGGAUCGGCAAAACACGUGGUAAACGUCAGUUGAGGGCGCAAGACAGCAGCAUUGCGUGGCCAUGUCUUGUUAAAGACAAGUUGGUGAGUCUGAAACAGGGAAACUAUCGUCAAGAGAGUCUGGAAGCAUCAUUUAACAAUUUGAGAAGCGGCACUAGUGUAAUUGAGAAUGUGGAUCAAGAGAACGAGGAGAUGGAGAGAAGAAGGUUACGAAGGUGCAGAGGCUUCCGACAAUUUACGGAAAUGCUCGUUGGAACGUUACUACUUGGGGUUGUUCUACUCAUUACACCAGGUCUCUGUCAUCAGGAUGCAGUUCAUAUAACAGCUAUUUUGGGUGAAAGUGUUGUCUUCAAUUGCCAUGUUGAGUUUCCCGGUGAGCAUCCAGUGCCCUAUGUUCUCCAAUGGGAGAAGAAGGUAGGCGACACGGAGAUACCAAUAUACAUUUGGUACGAGUCGUAUCCAACCCACAGUGGAGAGGGAUAUGAAGGACGAGUGUCACGAGUCAGUCCUAAUUCCCCAUAUGGAAUCGCGAGCCUCAAUCUCACCAACAUACAAGAAAAUGACCAAGGAUGGUACGAGUGUAAGGUUGUCUUCCUCAACAGAUCACCUAAUAGUCCAAAAAAUGGAACAUGGUUUCAUCUGGAUGUCCAUGCACCACCAAGAUUUACGAUGACUCCCGAAGAGAUGAUCUACGUUAAUCUAGGCGAUGCAAUUAUAUUAAAUUGUCAAGCCGAGGGCACACCAACACCGGAAAUAGUUUGGUACAAGGACGCCAAUCCAGUAGCGACUUCGAGUACUAUUGGAAUUUUUAACGAGGGCACAGAGCUACGAAUAGCGUCAAUCAAGAACGAUGAUAUUGGUGAUUAUACUUGUAUCGCAAGAAACGGAGAAGGCCAAAUUAGCCAUUCAGCUCGAGUCGUAAUUGCCGGAGGAGCAAUAAUAAUUGUGCCGCCAACAAACCAAACAAAAUUAGAGGGUGAAAAGGCUCAAUUUUCUUGCGAAGCAAAAGCUCUCCCCGGAAAUGUAACAGUCCGUUGGUUUCGGGAAGGAGCUCCAGUGACAGAAGUAUCUGAAUUAGACACUAGAGUGUCGAUACGUAAAGAUGGAAGUCUAGUCAUCAACCCUGUGAGUGCCGAUGACUCGGGUUUUUACCUCUGCGAAGUAACCAACGGAAUCGGUGAACCCCAAAGCGCUACUGCUUAUCUUAAUGUCGAAUAUCCUGCAAAGGUAACAUUCACGCCUACAAUCCAAUUUUUACCGUUUCGAUUGGCUGGUGUCGUUCAAUGUUAUAUUAAAGCCAAUCCUCCUCUACAAUACGUCACAUGGACCAAAGAUAAACGUCUUCUCGAACCUUAUCAGACGAAGGAUAUCGUAAUAAUGAAUAAUGGUUCUCUACUUUUUACUCGCGUUAACGAAAAUCACCAGGGAAAGUACACAUGUACGCCUUACAAUGCUCAUGGAACGCAAGGUGGAUCAGGACCUAUGGAGGUUUUAGUAAGAAAUCCUCCUGUAUUUACAAUAGAGCCUGAGCCAAUGUAUCAAAGGAAAAUUGGCGAAACUGUUGAAAUGGCUUGUGAUGCUCAGGAAGCCGACGGGACUGAAAAACCAUCGAUUCAAUGGCAAAGGGGCAAUGGUACGCCUUUGGAACGCAAUCGAGCGAAAAUGGUCGGUGGCAAUCUCACAAUAGAAGGCUUGCGUCGAAAUGAUUUUGGUUAUUAUCAAUGUGUUGCUUCAAAUGAAGUCGCUGUAAUAGUCUCAUCGACUCAAUUAAUCGUCGAAGGAUCUCAGCCACAUGCGCCUUACAAUGUCACUGGUACCGCUUCGCAGUUUUCAGUGACGCUUCAUUGGCUUCCAGGUUACUCUGGAGGGCCCGACUAUAAACAAGACUAUACAAUUUGGUAUCGUGAAGCAGGCACGCCAACUUGGAGAACUCCUAUACCAGUUACUCCUUCUGGUAGUACAUCAGUGACGAUCAAUAGUUUAUCACCAGGGACCUUAUAUGAAUUUCAGGUCGUUGGUAAAAAUGCUAUCAGCGACAAUAUGACGAGUAAAAUAACAACAAUAAAAACGCUCGGUAAAAUUAAUUCUUCACCCCGACGGACACGUAAUUACGACGUUGGCAUCUCCCCUCCAGCAACGACCCCCAUAAAUACUGGAGGGAUUACGUCUGAUCAAAACGCUGGACCAAGACCUGGACCUCCGAGAAAUUUAACUGUCACGGAAAUAAGCAACGGCUUUUUGAUAACUUGGCAGCAACCUUUGGAGAAAAGUCAUCUUAUUCAGUACUAUGACAUCAAGUACAAAACUGAUGGGCCUUACAGAACUCUCAAUAAAGGACAAAUUCGACCUGAAGAAACCAGUUAUCUUGUUAAAAAUCUUGUCGGUGGAAGAACGUAUUACUUUAGAGUAUUCGCACACUCGGCGACGACCCACAGCUCGAGCGAUGAGGUGAAAUUCCCUGUGCCAGCUCGCGUCAAGCACAAGGCCAUCACUGCCGGAGUUGUAGGUGGUAUACUAUUCUUCAUUGUCGCAAUAAUCCUCAGUAUAUGUGCUGUUAAAAUAUGUAAUAAGCGGAAACGACGAAAACAAGAAAAAGAACUGAUUUCAGCAUAUAAUCUGGUAGCCUGCAGGCCCACAGAUGCUCGCAAUGGGGCUGGUCAAGUGCCCCCGGGAACAGUGCCUUUGAAAAAAGCUAGAAAAAGCCGAGUACCAGGUUUGAAUCUUCUCCGUGAAAUCCUGACCGCCGAUAGCCCGGAUACUUAUCGCUGUCGGCCACUCAGCAAAAUAUCCCGAGCAGCAGACGGCCGUUUCGUGAUAGCAGAUUCAGUAAUAAGUUCAGCAAACAAUAGUAUACUUGAUGCAUCCAGUAGCGACGACGGUGGAUUUCUUCCAAAAUCAAGUCGACUCAAGUCAUCAUGGCGACGACCAUUAGUUGGGACCAGUCAAAUGAGCCUGCGUUCCGACGGUAGCGGAGUAUCAGUCAGCAUGCCUCCAUCAGCAUAUCUCGGUAUCAGUAACCCUCUGAUGCAGCCAAUGCAAACAAUCUGCACAAUAUCACCAGGAUUUUUUGCCAGUUCUCCAAACGCUCCAGUUUCCGUUCCAUGGAGUCCUACAACUACAAUGUACCUCAGUGAUUUAAGUUCCGUACGUCAGCCAUCAUCAGUAGAACGUUCUUUCCCAACACCACCAGGUUAUCAUCAGCAACUGCGUAAUCUCCAUCAACGUUACAGUCAAGAGUUGCCAUCAUUGAAAGCAAUCCAUGCUGAAUCCCAGCGAUUUAUUCCCGUUCAUCCACUGGCUACAUCAUCGCCACCUCAAACAGCUGGAAGACCACGUGCUAGAUUGCCACCAAGACACGCAAAACAUGCGCGGUCAGCACCAGAAUUAGCAGCGUCUCCAGAUCUCCAUUUAUCAGAAACCUCACCAGAAAGUAGAUCCAGUAGUUCUGGUUUCGGUAGCAAAAAUACAUCACAGCAAAAUCAGAGCUCACGAAGUGGCAGCACUGUCGCCGAAUGGCGACCACCUCCUUACCGACCCCCGCCACCGCCACUACUUGGACGAUGGCUUGAACUUCAAGACCAACCGGUAAAAAUACCACAUGGUCAUCCAGCAGUCGAUGUCGGAAGCGUUGAUGGUCACUACGAAUUCGAUCCGGUUUCUUGCACACCGACUCCGACUUCAGCGUCAACACCAACCAGGGAAGAACGACCCCCAGUUCAUCAUAUCCAUAUUCAAUUACCGAUUCAUCAGGUUCACACGACUACUGCACAUCAUCAACCUUCGAGGUACACUAGGGACUCGAUAGAGGCAAGGGUACAGGCUAUGAAGGCUGAGUUUCAUCAGUUCCGACAGAGACAAGCGAGACGGAAACGAAGUGCGCAGUUGGAGAGUGCGUGCUGAUAAAUAAUUAACAAUAAUGAGAGUGAUUGUUUUGAGUAACAAUUGUUUGAUUAAUAUGAAAGUUUAAAUUACAUUUUGUUUUUUUUUUAAGAAGGGUGUGAUUUUUAAAUAUUACGCUGGUUUAAUCAUAAUAUUGAGCGGUCAGAACGGACAUUAUUAAAAUGGAAAAAUAAAAUUUUCGCUACUGUAGAAUUUAACAAUAGGUUGCUAAUAUUCAAAUGCUUCACACACCUAAAGUAUUGACUUAAGAUAUUUUAUUGUUAUUUUUAAUUAUGUUUUCAAAUAUAGUUAUUUAUUUUUUUUAAAUUCUUUUUUUCAAAAAUAUUAAAUUUUCAUUUGGAAAAUUAAUUAUUGUGUAAUUUAAAUAUUUAAAUAAAACAUUGCUAUGAUGUUAAGGAGGUUCGACCGAGACUAGUGAGUCAAAGUAGUGUUUGAAUUUUUUUGUUUGCUAAAUUCUUCUUAUAGUUAUGAAAACUCAUUAUUUUAAUUUAUAAUAACAUAACGAAUUCAUAAAUUAAUAUUUAUUAGUUAUUUAAUUAAAGAAAGUAAUGAAAUGACUUGGUUAUUUUUGACUCAUGAUUUAAUAAAAAGAUUUGGCAACAGCGCGCUCUAACUUCUUACACAUCGAUAUUCAAAUUAAAGCGGGAAAAAUUUAUUUAUAAUCUCGUCUCUCUUAUUAAUGUAUUUCUAUCUUUGUUUUUUAUCUCAGCUGCUUCCGCGACGUUGCCAUACCCUCAAUAAUUUGUAUCUCUGUCGAUAAACGAAAUUAAAUAAUAAAGUUUAACUUGAAUUAUUUAAAUAAUUACAACGGUAACACUAUAUUGUUAAAAUCUUAUCAUAUUCCAAAAAUAUUCAUGUUUAUGGCAUGUGGUUUUUUAUUUCUUAAACUUGGGAGGUUAAUAAUGAAAAUAAUCGAACAAGUCAUGACGAAAGCUUGUCCGCCAUAAGAGCCUGUGUAUAAGAACUUUGAAAACGUCAUUUUUUAAUCUUUUUUUCUAAAAAACUAGGCGGUGGGUCAUAUUCAAAUUUUGAGAAUUCAUAGAUAAAGUACUUCUUUACAUGUAUACUAAGUUUCAAAUCUUAAAGUUGGAAAAUCCUUUUUACAUUAGAUUCGGUCGAACCUCCUUAAAGUAACGCUAGGUUAUGUUACCCAUCUAACGGAAAUUUGAAUUUAAAAUCUCCGUUAGAUGGCCGACAUAACUUAGCGGUACUAUCGCACCAUAACCUAUUAUAGGGUUACCAUCCCCGUUUUUGGGUUACCCGGGGCAAUCUGGGUAGGUUUUUUUGACAUUUUAGAUA